AUGAGGCCUUCGAUGCCGCAAGGCCCAGGCAGCGGUAUGGGUGGCAUGAGAAUGCCUCUGGGUAUGCCUAUGAUGGGCUUGCCAAUGAUGGGUAUGCCAAUCAUGGGUAUGCCGAUGAUGGGCAUGCCAAUGAUGAACAUGCAGCAAAUGAUGCAAGGCGGCCAAAUGGCUGGAGCUUCUGUCCCUGCGGGUGCUGCUCAAGCAGGCUCUGUCUCGGGCAGCCCAGGUGGUGGCCCUGCACCCUUGGGCACGCCUCCAGAACGUCCUGAAGUGCUUGAGCGCAAGGAGCACUUGCUGCACGACUUGCAGCAAGCUGCCAUCGAGCUUGCCCACAAGCAAUAUGCUGAGGAACAGAAUGAGCUGCGACAGAAACGAGAUCGAAGUCGGUCCAGAGAUGAAGACCGUAGACAUUCUGCGCAAGAUGAGGCAGGAAAGGAGGAUGGGAAAGAAGAAGCUCCACCUCCCUGCCACCUGCACCCAGCGAAAAAGCCCAAUGCCAAGUGCAAGUUCUGUCAGCGAGCUAGCAAAGGCUGCAAAGCUGCCCCCAAAAAGGGCAAAGAAGAGGCAGGAGAGGGGAAAGACCAUAAAGAGGAACAUGGCGGCCAGGGCAAGCUCAAAAAGGACAUGGACGAUGAGGAGGAUUACUCUCGUCGUACCUUCAAUUGCAGUCCAAUCUUGAAAGAUCAGAUUUUGGGCUCCAGCUACUUCAAGAGCAUGCUGCAGCUCACUACGAUAGACGAAAUCAUUGAAGAGAUCAAGAACUAUGCCGAUACGUUGGACGUGUACAACUCUGGGAGUAGCACAUCGCCAUCCAACUUCGUUUGUCAGGUGUACCGCAUUUUUACUCUUCCUGAAGCAGAAGACCUCAACCAACUGCAGGUGAUUCUGGAGAACUCUACGCCCACUGUGCGUUGUGCCGGAUUGAUCUAUCUCCGCUUCGUUGUUCCACCAGCCAAGCUCUUUGACAAGCUGGAGGAGUAUUUGUUCGAUGAGAUGGAGUUGAAGUACCAGGAAGCUGGCAGAAGUGUCACAACGACCAUUGGUGAAUAUGUCGAGGGCCUCUUGGGAAAGGAAAAGUAUUUUGGUCGACCGCUGCCUCGAGUGCCCGUGAAGGUGAAGCAUCAACUGGAAAAGGAGCUGGCGCCUAUUAGCCAAUAUCGAAAACGCAUGGAGGCCCAUAUGAAAAACAACAUAAAGAAGAUUGCUGGAACCCCAGUGGAGGUUUUCCACGAUGGACAGUGGGUCCCCGGCACCGCCCAAGACUUUGUGGGCAGGGUCGUGAAGGGGCGCAAGGUGAAAGUUGAGCUGGAAAAUGCACAAGAGGUGAAUGUGCACAUGGGCAAGGUCGUCCUCCGAGAUGAGGGUGGCAAGGCAGAGGAUCGGGGUGACGACAAGGAGUCAGGAGACGACAAGAGCGGCUCGGAAGAUGAGGGCAAAAAGAAGCGCAAGAGGAGGAGCAGUCGAAGCCGUAGUAGGCGGAAAUCGAGGAGUCCAUCCUUGGACUGGUGCCGCUACAAAGGCAGCCAGGACAAGGAUCUGUUGGAGGCCUUGCGGGAAAGGGCCAGGGAAGAAGCGGUGUGCUCCUACGGCAAGACCUACUCUCGAAGUAGUCGUCCUGUGACGACUACGGAGGGUGGUGACAAGUCCUCCCGAUCAGACAACAAGGACUCUGGAGGAGGUGAAUUCAGAUCAAAGAUGCGACAAGAAGAGGAGGAGGAGCAUAAGAGAAGAAUGCGAGACAUCUAUGAGAAGUAUGGCAACCAGAAAGCUGCCACGUCCAACUAUGCAGCAGGUCCGCGAACCGAAAUUGACCAACCCGACGCUCCAUGGCAUCGUCAAGGCAGCACUCAGGAUGGGAGUGGCUUGAUUACCAAAGCAGCUCCACCGCAAGGAUCUGUGCUGCAAAAUACCAUGACGCUUCCAGAGUACAGACAAGCCAUUGUGGAGAUUUAUUCCAUCCACAAACCAGACAAUGUCAUGAAGGUCGACUACCUCUUAGAAAAGUACAGAGGAAAUGAGGAAUAUCUCUUCAGGAGCAUUUGCACCAAGUAUGAAGUGGACCCUUCGCGCUGGUCUUCGCAAUCCAGCUUGGCGCCCGUCAAGCCGACGCCGACAUUGCUGCCGCCACCACCGCCACCUCCACCGGUGCCUUGUGGAGGACCAGUUUGGCAGACUUCACCACCAAAGCCAAACCUCGAUAUCACCUAUCAGGCCGACUAUGGCUGCAUAGACAGUGGACGUUUCAGCCGUGCGUUUGCAUCGAGGUCCUCCAGGUGGCAUGCCAACUCGAUCAGGCAGAGCUUUGGUCGAUGCCUGUUUAUUCAGACCGAUUGCCCCUCUCCCUGCCAGGGCUUUUUGAUGCUUUUUGACAGGUUAGAGACCCCUUUCGCAGGUACUUUGUAUUUCACUUUACUGGCAGCCCCACCUCCUGCUCCACUCAAGCAGAAGCACGAAGUCAUGGAGUGGGAUCCGGCAACUGGGCAGAUGGUUGCUACAACCAUAGAAAUCGAGACUGGAGACUUGCCCCAGGCAGCGCCAGCCCCAGUUCCAGCACCAUGUCCACCUCAAGAGGUGAAGAUGACACCUCCCCCGCCUCCCAUGGUGGUUGUGCCGACCAUCCCAAAGCAGGCGGCUCCGACUCCAGCAACACCGCUGAUGCCAGCAGCAGCACAGGCCGCCGCAGCCGCUGCCCUGGUACCAUCAGCUGCUGAAAUCAUGCCUCAGGAGGCGGCCGACGACGAAUAUGACCCCUUUGCUGAAGGCAUGGAUCUUCCACAAGGGGAACUGGACAUUAUUGACAUUGAUCGUUUGCUUCUUGGUGAAAGAAGCGGCUUCUUCGAAGCUGUGAAGCUGGGUGCACCCAAAGCUGAUGAACCCAGCUGCGUUGGUCCUGGCAGACCAGAAAGUGCUGCCAUAAGUCGAGUGAGCACCAGCGACUCCAUGGAGGUUGAUGCAGUUGCAGGCGACGCCAGCAAGGCAUCAGGUGCCCCUCAUGCACACCAGGAGGAUCAGCCAAUGACAGAGGCUGACACCACCCAUGGCGAUGAGGGUCAGGCAGCAUCCUUCGAUCCCUACCUGGGUGCAGUGUCAGCAGCCACAGAGUGUGAAGGGGAAGGCGAGGCUUGUCAUGGCCGCAUGGCUGCUGCAAAGAGGCUGUUUGUUGCAGGUGCACCUGGAAAGAAGGAUGAUGCACCUGGGCAGCAUGGAGAUGGAUUGCACCACUGA